AUGUCCUUUCUCCAUACUCACUCGAGCAAGUGUUUAAAAAAUGAGCUCGAUCUCUUUUCUCUUCCGCCUACGCAAACUAGCAUUGAAAGUUCGCAAUGGAUUUAUUACAAACCAGUAACAUCGCUCGCGGGCAACGCGCCUGUAGAAUUCGUCAUACCCGGGCAUGGAGAAGACUAUCUGGAUCUCACUCACACCCUGCUGAGUCUACGUAUACGAGUAGAAAGCACCCCCAACGUCGCCGCCGCUUACAGAGAAGGCACUGCCGCCGCCACCGCCGACGCCACCGCCGCCGUCGUGCCCAAAGUAGGCCCCGUAAAUCAUCUACUACAUUCCAUGUUCAAUCAAAUCGACGUAUAUUUUAAUCAAAAGCUCGUGUCACCACCAAACAAUGCUUACGCAUACCGCGCAUACAUCGAGGCAUUAUUAAAUUAUGCUUCACCCGCAAAAACCUCCCAUCUGACCUCCGCCCUAUGGGAUGAAGAUCUCCCCGGAGCCAUGGACGAUUCACCACCCGCCGCGGUAGCCUCCAAAAAUUUCUCAUUCUCUGCAACCUUCGCUUGGGUAGCUACGGGGGCCCAGUCAAAACGCUUGGGCUGCUACGGGAGGCCCAAUCAAAACGCUUGGGCUGCUACGGGGGGCCAAUCAAAACGCUUGGGCUGCUAA